AUGGUGUUCGCACAUCACAUAAUCAACGAUAAAAGCUCGCUUGCUCACAAUUCGAUCCAUGUUAACUCACUCUUUGAGCAUCACUUUGUUCUUGGAUUGGAGCCUGAAAUUUCCUUCUUCGGCCGCCAUGGCAGCAGCUUGCUACUUGGUAAAGAGCAGUGGCAUGUUGAUGCAGUGGUUAGUCUCCUUCUGCUGCCAUUUGUCAAGGCUGCUGUUGAUAGACCGAUGGCGUUUCGUGGGGUAGGGCAGGCCUACGGCCGGCGAAAAUGGGAAACCCGCACAAAAUAG